AGUCAAUACAUCCCGGGUCUAGUGGAAAGAAACGAUCGCACUGAACGACAACUAAUACUAUGACGCAUGCGCACUAUGAUCAGCGGUAAAUUCUAAAUUUUGUUUUUGCAAACUCUAGCCUCACUUAUCACUUAGAUCUAGUGGACGAAAUCAGUAAGACGAGUAACGGAUGUACACUUUUCAAGACGUUUGACCUUCUGCUUACUUGGAAGUAUUGGAAUUUGGAAGUAUGAUCAAGAUAGAAUCAAGAUGUAGUGUUUAUAUCACACUGAAUCCAUAAAAAUGGGUGAUAACGGGACUUCACUUUCCCCGAAGGAAGAAUGCCUUCAGAAUCGGCACUGGUACUACUUCCUGGCCUCCAGUUUGGUUGCCUUCGUAGCUGGCCUCAUUCUUAUUCUUCUUGUACGCCUGAUCCAGUUUUGUCGACUGCAGCAAAAACUGCGUCACCAAAAUAGACUAAAAUCCACACAACCCUUGGAGUAUGUCAAUGAAAACGUUGAUUUUCAAACAAGUACCAUUGAGAUAUUGAAAAAUACCAAGAAGGAGAAUGGUGUUCUUAAUAAUGAAAAUGACCUUCGUCGUCUUAGUGCUAAGGAGCCUGCAGAGGCGACUCUUGGCACAAUGGCUCAUAGCAGAGCUGCUGAGUUAGUGUCUGGGCAAACAGUCACAGGACGAGUCUUGGUGACCCUGUCAUGUAUUCUCAGUCUAAGUUCACUGGUGCUUUAUCUAAUUGAUGCAAGCUGGCAUGAUGUAGAAGACUGCACUCCAUGGUUAGAGAGUUAUACCCAACAAAUAGACCUUGCCAUCAAUUUAUUUUUCCUUCUCUAUUUCUUCAUCAGGUUUGUAGCAGCCAAUGACAAGUUGAUGUUUUGGAUAGAUAUAUAUUCCAUAGUGGAUUACUUCACAGUUCCUCCUGUCUUUGUUGCUGUCUAUCUCAACAGAAACUGGCUCGGUUUGAGAUUCCUGCGAGCCUUGGCCCUACAGUCUUUCCCUGAUGUGAUGCAGUUUCUUGGUCUUAUAAAGAAGAAUUCUGUGAUUCGCCUCUGGCAGCUGAUCAUGGUCUUCUUCAGUGUUUGGCUGGCAGGUGCUGGAUUCAUACAUUUGGUAGAAAACUCUGGUGAUCCGUUAGACUUUAGUAAUUCCCAGCCCCUUGGUUACUGGAACUGUCUCUAUAUAUGUAUGGUUACCAUGUCAACUGUCGGCUAUGGUGACCUCUACUGUAAAACAGUGAUUGGGAAAGUCUUUAUUGUAUUCUUCAUCAUAGGAGCUUUAGCUAUGUUUACAAGUGUGAUUCCGGAGAUGAUCACCAUAUUAGGAAUGCGGAAGAAAUAUGGCGGCUCAUAUGACAGAGGAUUUGGAAAGCACAUAGUUGUGUGUGGUCACAUAAGUACUCGAACAGUUGAAAAAUUUCUUGCUCAGUUCCUUCAUCAAGACCAAGAAGACAGAGAUGUCAUGAUCGUUUUCCUACACACAGAGCCACCAAACCUUGAACUUGAAGCCCUGAUGAAACGUCACUAUACACAUGUGCGGUUCUAUGAGGGUUCUGUCAUGGUGUCUGAGGACUUAGAUAGAGUCAAGUUAAAAGAGGCUGAUGCUGUUUUGCUGCUGGCAAAUAAACACUGUGAUAAUCCUGAUGCUGAGGAUGCUGCCAACAUCAUGCGUGUCAUCAGCAUCAAGGAUUACCAUGGUGAUGUGAGCAUCAUCAUACAACUGCUGCAAUAUCAUAAUAAAAAUUAUUUGCUCAACAUCCCUGACUGGCAUAUGCAGUCUGACAGUGUUAUCUGCUUGGCUGAGAUGAAGUUAGGAUUUAUAGCCCAGGCCUGUCUUGCGCCUGGAUUCUCAACUCUCAUGGCGAAUCUCUUCAUGAUGACAUCACAUAAAAAGUCUUCCAGAUAUGAUGAAUGGAAGAACAAUUACUUUAGUGGACUUGGUAUGGAGCUAUAUACGGAAUACUUCUCCAGAGCCUUCUAUGGCAUGACAUUCCCCCAAGCUGUAGAGGUGUGUUUUACUAAGCUACAUAUGCUGGUGAUAGGCCUAGAGGUGUCUCACAAAGACAAGGCAGUAGUUCUCCUCAAUCCAGGCCCAGAUGUGAAAAUACAAAGAGGGAUGCAAGGCUUCUUUGUGGCACAGUCAAGUGAGGAAGCAUACAGAGCAUCAAUAUACUGCCCACUAUGCCAUGGUCAGCUAUUUGGUGUGAAACGCAUUAAAGACUGCACUUGCUCAACAGAUGGCACCCUAAUCAAUGCUCAUAAUAACCCAGUGGUUGACCCUUUGGAAGCUGAUGGUGGAUUUUUAUCAAACAAAUUAUUCAAACGCCCGAAUAACAACACUGGAUCUGAUGGCACAAAUAGUGUAACAGAGAGUGGAGCCGUAUCACCCGCAAUAAUUCACAUUGAUGUGCCUCAAGGUGGCGCUACCAGUGCUACAGAGAGUCAUAGCGAGAGUGAAAAAAGUAGUCCUGGUGGUAGCGACAUUCCAAUUACGAUUAUUGAUGCUAACUUUGAAGACAAUAAGCCUUACCUUGAGGUUAGGGAGAGCAAAGAGCAGUUUGAUGCUACUGGGUGUUUCUACUGGUGCCCAGACUCUAGCUUAGAUGAAAGUAACAUUAUCAACCAGAAAAAUGAAUUGAUAUUGAAAAACUUGAGGGACCACUUUGUUGUCUGUGUCCUCUCAGACAGCGACUCUCCUGUUAUAGGCCUCUCAAACUUUGUCAUGCCGCUACGUGCCAGUAGUUUACGUCUUACAGAACUUAAGCCAGUUGUCAUUGUAGGGCAUCAUUCUUACCUCUCAAAGGAGUGGAAAACUUUGGGAAACUUUCCUGAUGUAUAUAUCUUACCUGGGUCACCAUUGUGUCGGGCAGAUUUACGACGUGUGCGGAUAAAUCGUUGCAAGAUGUGUGUUGUCCUCUCAGCAAAUAAGGGGUCUUCUAUCGAGCCAACUCUACAAGAUAAGGAUGCCAUAUUGUGCUCAUUGAAUAUCAAGAAAAUGAGGUUUGAAGAUCCCCUAACAGUACCACCAAUGGUUUCACAGGGAGCAUCUUUACUAGAUAUGAUGCGGCGUUGGUCCAAGCUAGGCCGUGAUACAAUCCCUAUGAUAACAGAUCUGGAAAAUGACUCAAACUGUCAGUUUCUGGAGCAGGAUGAUGCUGAUGACCCUGACAUACCUCUAUGUAAUACUGAGACAUUUGCAUGUGGACGUGUCUUUGCUGCUAGUGUUCUGGAUUCACUCAUGAGCACGACAUAUUUCAAUCGUAACACAUUGAUUCUGAUUCGAACGCUCAUCACGGGGGGUGCAACCGUGGAACUGGAACAGCUGCUGGCUGAGGGCCUGGGAAUGGUCCCAGGGUACCCCACCACUGAGACCCUCUCAAACAGGAAUCGCUGCAGGGUGGCGCAGAUGGGUCUUGGAGAGCACCCAUUCACUCAAUUUGCAGUUGGGAUAGAUGCUACAUAUGGCAACCUAUUCAUGUGGACUUUGCGCUUCCAUGGUAUCAUGUGUUUGGGAUUGUAUCGCUUGGUGAAUCCCCCAGCAGGAUUUGGAGACCGGGUUGCCAAGCGCUACGUACUCACCAAUCCUGCUUACAACAUGAGACUGCUGCCAUCUGACAAGAUUUUCUGCCUUCACCCUUUCACACCAGGACCUACUCACAUUGAGGAAGAACCCGAUAUAAAAACAAGCAAUGUCUGACAAGUCUGAAAAUGUGUGACACAAGAAUUAUAUGUGAUGCAGGAAUAAUGUGUGAUACCUGAUCAUGUGAUACAGAAAUUGCAAGGAUUGCCAAGAGUAAAAAUAAUUUGUGACACCAAAAUAUGUGGUAACUGCUAAGAAAUAUUUGUUGAGCAGAUGACACGAGAGAACAAUUCCAAUAGUGCAUCGUGAUAAUCAGUAAUGUAGGUUAUGUGUGAUAAAAAAAUAAUAUGUGAUACAGCAAGCAUUACAUUACAUAUUUGACAAAAUGAAGGUUGCAAUAAUCCAUGACAAAAUGUGUGACAAGAAUCCAUGACAUAAUAUGUGACAGUAACUUUGCAUCUAAUUUUUCUUCAAUAUUCUCUUUCUUGAAUAUAUUUUGUGCAAGACUGAAUAUGUUAUCAAUUACAGUGAUAUUUCCAACAUCAAGUUAAAUGAGCAUUCAUAACAAAUUGUCAUAUUUUGACAAUCUUAUCUAAAAAAGUAAAAUCAGAAUUUUGCACUGAAAACCCCUUUGGUGAAGAACACCAAGUUUCCUUCAGUAUAAGUACAUGUAUAUAAUGUAUAUGAAGCAAUAAUAUAAAGUACAAUCCAGUUUAGUCUUGCGUCAAGUCUCAUAACCUCCUCCCCAAUUUAUCUAUCGCAGAUUGUAAAAGAGG